AUGUCCGCUGCCAACUGUGAUCCAGACAUGCCGAAGAUGCGCUCGUCCUUGUUCCCACUGCUCCUCCCGCUGCUCCUCGGCGCAGACUAUGUCCUGUCGCAGACGCAGAGCAUGCCCGCAAUCGUUGCCGCUUUGCCCGACGCUCGAGCACUAUGGACCCAUCUCGAAGAUGAAAGCUUCCUGCCGGCCAGGUUCAAGACCAAGGAGCUGAAGUACUUCUACGACGAGCCUUGGCAAGCUUUUCUCCAAGCCCAAGGCAGCAAGUUCAUCGACAAGCAAUUGAAGGAGCUUGUAAACCAACCCAACUUGGUGUUCACGGCCUGGGCAAUCGACCCCGAGGCCAAACGCAUCGCUGCGGGACUGAUCGAAAAAUACGCCGAACAUCGGCAGAACUCGGCCACUGCCGAUUCUGUCAGAGCGGCCGUUAGCGAAGCCUGGCAAAUGCACGGCGAGGACAUGUUGAUCGACAACAAAGCCGUCGAGGAUGAGCUUAAUCACAGACUCUUCAGAGAUUAG